GUUGGCUCAAAUACAAAACUCCAAAACGACAACGCAUCGGCACAAAAAGCUCCACCAAAACCAGACUCUUUUUCCACCAUUUCCAGCUCCGUCGGACCCAAUUCGGGCCCCCAUCUUGGUCCCGGACCUCCGCAUUUCCGCCGCCACCAUCGCUACCUUUCACUCUCACACCGCGCCUUCCUCCCCGAGCUCCUCAAUGGCGAAAGCUUCAACGGGCAACCACGAUGAAUUUGAAGACGACGAUGAAGUGUCUCAUGGAGCUCAUGAGGAAUUGAUAGGGGAAUUGGCAGUGAAGGUAGAAGGGCAAGGCAGGGAGAAGAACCGGUCCAAACAUUCCGAAACCGAGCAGCGCCGGAGGAGCAAGAUUAAUGAGAGAUUUCAGAUGUUGAGAGAUAUCAUACCCCAAAAUGAUCAGAAAAGAGAUAAGGCUUCCUUGUUGUUGGAGGUUAUAGAGUACGUUCAAUUUUUACAGGAGAGGGUAAAUUUAUACGAGGGGUCAUACCAAGGGUGGAGUCCCGAGCCAACCAAACUGGUGCCAUGGAAAAAUCAUAAUAGGUCUGGAGAAAAUUUAGCAGACCAGUCUCAAGUUAUGAACAAUGGUUCAGGUCAUGAGAAUAAUGUGGUUGUCUCACCAGCAAUGCUCCCCAACGCUCAAAACUUAGUGGAAUCUGACUUGGGUUCCACUGUUGUUUACAAAGCACUGGAUCACAUUGCCGGGCUAGCUACUCAAUCAGUUCCCAAUGUGCAGCAACAAAGCAUCUUUGAUUCUGUUGGGAGUGGAGUACCAACACAGCCGUUGCAGGAAUCUAUUACUGAUGUUCGGAACAUGGCUUCUCGACCCCAAUUCCCAUCGAUGGCGGGUAUAACAUCUUCAACCGUUUCAGAUGGUAAACUGAAUAAACAGGAUGAACAUAGUGGAUCUGGUAGCAUCUCAAGUGCCUACUCUCAAGGGGUUUUGAACAAUCUGACGCAGGCACUGCAAUCUGCUGGCCUGGACUUGUCCCUGGCCAGCAUCUCUGUUCAAAUGGAUGUCGCGAAUCGAGCUGACAGUGGGCUGACAUCUGUAGCAUCUAGUUCGAAGGCACGUGCAAACCGAUCCAUGAACAAUCAAAUGAUGACACAGGCUCAAGUAAGUAGCUGUGAUGGGGGAUUUGAACCGGCUCAUAAGCGGUUCAGAACAAGAGACGGCUAGACUAGAUAGUUUCUAGCUUUUCUUAGUGUGUUAUAUUUGGUUUUCGUGGUUUUAUUGGGAUGACGGGGUUCUCGGGCAGGUCACAUUUUGUUUGGAAAUUACAUGGGCAACAGAACAACUAGGCUAAAGGUCAAUUGUAGAUGGUUUGUUCUCCUUUGUGCAUGGAUUUUCCCUAGAUAGAAGUGUGAGAUAUUCAUUUGUUGGUACUUUUGAAGUUUCAGAUGGAUGGUUCCAUGCAUCAAAAGUGAAGCGGCUUUCGGUCCUUCUUAUGUUC